GUUUACAAAUCUAUAGCAAACCAAUUUAGAACUAGGGUCUAAAACAAAUAUUGACACACACACUAUUUUUUUGGAAUCAAAAUUUUGUCCGGAAUUCGGAAGGUAGCCAGCCAUCAAACGACCAGGCCAAUAAUGCAUCAAUUUGCGUUCUGGAGGAGCGAGGUGAAGACGCACCAGCUCGAUACGGUCUCGCCCAUUUGGAAGGAUUUGAAUGCAACAUUUUUGACUGUCCUCAGCUGGAGUUGGCUCAUCUACACCUUGUCCGCUCUGGUAAUCCUCGUUUGUGCCUACUUUGCAUAUUGUGAACGUUGCCGCCGAACGGAGACAGUACGACGUCGUCGGGUGAUUCAGCGAGCCCAGGAGCGGCCACCCCAAAAACGUCGACCGAAUGCGGCGUACAGGGAUCACCAGAUCUACCGCCAUAUUAUCCUGAGCGUCGCCAAGUACAUGAAGAAUCCGGAGGGCAUCCGUCCAUUUAUAGAAAACAUGGACCAGCUAUAUCCUCUGCAACAUACGUUGGCUGAUCAGCAGCAAGUGGCUGAGCUCUCUCUGAACGUCAACGAUGCGGAGCCAAGUACUGGAGAGGAUUAAUUACUAAAGUCAAGGUCGGCCAAUACAUGCCAGCUAAAGGCUACGUUUCUAUCAAAUUUAAUAAGCAACCAUUUCGGUAUUAAAUUUAAUAAAUAUGUUUAAAACAGAUGGGAAAGUAAAUAUAUACAAGUAAAUAUCAAUUAA